AUGCCACCAAACAUCCUCAUCAUAGUCGCUGACGACCUCGGCUUCAGCGACUGCAGCACCUUCGGCUCCGAAAUAAAUACCCCAAACAUCGACUCCUUAGCCCACGCCCCCGGCGGCCUACGCUAUACCUCAUUCCACGUCGCAGCAGCAUGUUCACCAACGCGAGCAAUGCUAAUGACAGGCACAGACCACCACCUAACAGGUCUAGGCCAACUGUCCGAGAUAAUCCGCAAUUCUCCGGCUCACCAGGGCGCACCCGGUCAUGAGGGCUAUCUUACGCAGAACGUCGUUGCUAUCCCAGAACUCCUCAAUGAGGGCGGCUACUUCACCGCUAUGGCAGGGAAAUGGCAUCUUGGGCUGAAGAAGGAAUUUGGGCCGCAAGCUCGUGGGUUUAAGAGGUCUUUUGCUUUGUUACCGGGUUGUGCGAAUCAUUAUGGCUAUGAACCCCAAUACGAAGAUGUUUUGAAUGAACCGCCGCGUUUCUUUGAAACGGCUGUUACGGCCUUGCACAUGCAGGACGGUGAAUAUCUAAACGAAUUGCCGAGUGACUUUUACUCGUCAGAUCACUAUGCGACGAAAUUACUCGACUUCUUUGAUGAGCGCAGCGAGGAGGAUCGCAAAAAACCUUUCUUUGCGUAUCUGCCUUUCUCUGCGCCGCAUUGGCCGCUUCAGGCGCCUAAGUCUUCGAUGGAUAAGUACCGCGGUGUCUAUGAUGAUGGACCCGAGGCAUUGAGACAGCGACGACUGGCGAGAUUGAGAGAACUUGGUAUGGUGAAGCCGGAUGUUGUUCCUCAUGAGGUUGUUACGGUUGACGGGGAACAGGGCGAGUGGGAGGAUAUGAAUGCUGAAGAGCGGGCGAAGUCUGCACGGUCUAUGGAGGCUUUCGCUGGAAUGGUGGAUCGGAUGGAUGAGAAUAUUGGGCGGGUUUUGGAGUAUUUGAAAGGGAGUGGUGAGUAUGAUGAUACUAUUAUCUACUUUAUGUCGGAUAAUGGGGCCGAGGGGGCGAGUUAUGAGGCACAGCCAUUGGUUGGGGAGAGUGUUGUUGAGCAUAUACGGAAGUAUUAUGAUAAUUCUUUGGAUAAUAUCGGGAGGUCGGAUUCGUUUGUUUGGUAUGGGUCGAGGUGGGCGCAGGCGGCUACGGCGCCGUCGAGGUUGUAUAAGAUGUUUUCGACGGAGGGCGGCUGUCGGGUUCCGCUUGUUGUGAAGCCAGUGAAGAAUUCGAGGGAGGGGGGCAGGAUUGUGGAUUCGUUUUGUACGGUUAUGGAUAUUGUGCCUACGAUUCUUGACUAUGCUGGGUUGACUCAUCCUGGAACCGAGUACAAGGGGAGGCAGAUUGCUCCGGUGCGAGGGGCAAGCUGGAAAUCCUUUUUGGAUGCUAUGGCUGCAGAGAAGUUGGAUACAUCUCCUGAUUCUCCUGGGGUGAUGGCAAUUCAUGGGGAGGAGAAGGAGUUCGGGUGGGAGAUCGCUGGCAGUGGUGCACUGAGGCGAGGUCGCUAUAAGAUCACCUAUGUACCACUUCCUCGAGGUCCGCAGAGGUGGGAGUUGUUCGAUGUAAUUGAGGACCCCGGAGAAGUCAAGGAUAUGAGUGAGGCAAUGCCCGAAGUCUUCCGCGAGAUGCUCAAAUUAUGGAGUGUCUACGCCAGUGAAGUUGGCGUGGUUGGAUUGGCAGGGCAGUGGAAGAACGGGCACCUGCUGGAAGGUGUCAAGGACGAAUUUGAGGAUACUGGCCGUUGGAUCAGAUUCAUUGGGAAGAAGGACGUGCCAGCUGAAAUUGCAGAUAAGGUUCCCCGUUAA